GGUCGGAUGUGCACGAACCCCUCUCCCACUCUGGCCCUGUGGGACCUUGGCGGAGCCCGAGUGGGGAGGAAGCUGACCAGCUCCACGCGGCUGACUCAGAUGCCCCGGGCGACCUUGGGCGGCGAGGCCAAGGUUUAAGGCGAGCUGCCCAGGAAGGCGGGAGCAAACUAUCCUAGGGCGCUGGCCCGCAGGGCCUCCUGGCUCCGGCCCUGGCGGGAGGCCGCCACCCCCGUCCUUGCAGAGCGGGCUUGGGGAGAAAGCGCACGUGGUUCUUCUGGCCCUACCAGGCCGCUGCUCUCCUGCGCCCUUCACCCAAAACACCCUGGCUGGGCACGGGAGGCCUCCCACAGAUGCUCAGGCCUUGCCGGAACCUGCAGUUGCCCGCCUUUCCUGACCGGCAGUUUUGCCAGUGCCCCACGCCUGUCCCACAGGAAUCUCCGUCCUGCCCAAUUUGGCCUCGACAUGACCUUGACACCCUCCCCCCCCCCCCAAUCUUGCAGAGCUGAGCCUUUUACUUUCUCGUCUCAGCUCUGGACCUUUGGUUUUUUUUUUAUUCUAUGCGUUUCCUGUACCCAGGGCUUUCUUCCAAGUGCACAAAAGCCUGAGGUCUCCUGGGCUAGGCUUUGGGUAGGGGCCGCAGAGAAACAGGGUGACUGACUCAGGAGCCCCUGAGGCAGCUCUGAGGGUGCAGGUGAUGGGGGCCUGCCAGGAGGGGGCAGCCUGUGGGGAUCUUUCUGGGCUGCGGCCCUUCCCUGGGGGGGUGGAGGGGCUUCUGCUGGGGGCAUGUUGACAUUUUGAGGCCACUUCCUAGUGAUGAAAGCGUUCUAGGACAACCACAGGUCUGUCCUCGGAGACAGGUGAGCAGGGCCUUGGGGGCAAUUCCUGGGAUCCAGGCUGUGUUAUAAUAUUGCCUUGUGAUUUCAGCUUUUGCCCUCACGGCUGUUCUGCUGCCCAGAGAAGUAAACAGGACAUAGGUGCAUAGGCACAGACAGGUCCCCCAGGCAAAUAACCUGGGAGCAGAGUGGUCCAGGGUGCCGCUGUCCCUCUCACCUUCCUCUACACAGUCCCAUUGCUGAUGAAAUCAGGGUGCAUCUGUGGCGGGGUUGGGGAGUGCUGGGGAGGGAAAUGGGAAAGACCGUGUAGAGCCAUUAAAACCCCCUGGAGGCCUCACCUUCACCCUCAGCUGGCCCUCAGCCAGUUGGGCACACCACAGCCUGCCGGGUCAGGAGGGUGCUGAUGAGCCUGGCCCACCUCAGUCCAGUGUGGCCGUGGGUCCUACUGCGCGUCCGGGAGUGGUGAGCAGUACGGCAUGUGCUGGCUCUGCUGGCCCCCCUUCCCUCUGAGGUCACUCCCUCUUCCAGAGCUGCCCCCUCCCAGUCCCCGUGACCUCGAAAAGACCCUGCUGGGAGGCCAACGCUGCCAGUGAGUCCUCCCUACCCCCUCUCCUGAACCUUCUCAGGGGGCCAGCCUCCAAAAUGGCUCCACCUGCCUUCCUACCCAUCCUUCCCUGUUUUUUCCUCUGUAGUGCCUUUUUACUACCCAGCAUCCCUCACCCUGACUGCCCACGAGAGAUGGGGUGUCUGGGCCACUGCCGCGUCCUCCGCGCCUGGUGCGCCUGGUGCGCUGCAGGUGCUCAAAACGUCUGACCUGCUAAUUCUGCGGGCUGGGGUUCUGGGCCGCCGUGGGGCCGUGCCUCUGAGCAGCUCUGGCUCCCAGUGUGAGACAGACAGCAGAGAACAGUGGCGGUGAUAUGCUUUGUCGGGAAGAAGAUACAGUGGCACCCCGUGGCCCCGGAAUGGUCCUGCGAGCAGUGCCCCUCUCAGCCGAGGAGGACCCCCGAGCGGCGGUGGGGCACCUGAGCCCAGGAAGGCGAGCAGGCCGGCGGGACCGCGAGUGCCUGGCGGAGUGGCACGUGCAGCCCAGGACUCCCGGCUCCCACCUCCUGCUUCCGGGGCCAAGGCUUGUGUUCAAUCGGGUGAAUGGCCGGCGGCCCCCUGCCACAUCUCCAUCCCUUGAGGGAACCCAAGAGACCUAUACGCUGGCCCAUGAGGAAAAUGUCCGGUUUGUGUCUGAAGCUUGGCAGCAAGUGGAGCAGCAGCUGGGUAGUGGCCCAGCUGGCGAUAGUGGGCCCAGGCCUGUGCAGUACGUGGAGAAGACCCCCAACCCCCGGCUGCAGAACUUUGUGCCCAUUGACCUGGACGAGUGGUGGGCACAGCAGUUCCUGGCCAGAAUCACUAAUUGCUCCUAGCUGCCUUGGAAGGAAUGCUGCCCGUGCAGGACCCAGCCCUGCCUCGUGGUGGAUGACCCCCACCCCUCACCAGGAGAGGACCACAGAGCCCUGUUUAGCCGCUGAGGCAGGCCGUCCUUCACCCUGAGUCUGGCCAGGAGCCGGCCACACCUGAAGUGCCAGCGUUUGGACUUUUGCACCUGCUGACCCCUUGGACCAGUUGUGCUGUGCUGCCAGGGGCCAGGAGCUGAAUCUGUCUGACCUCAAUCCUGCUCAGUGUGCCCAGGGACCAGCCCCUGGGGCUGGCAGGGAGGAGUUCCAGGCUAAUAAAGUUGAGAAACUGC